GCGGGAAGACUGCUCUUUCUUGUGUCUCACGAUGAACCUGGCACCUUUAUUGCUCCUUAUAGUGCUGGCAGUCCUGACUGUGAACUGUCAGAACGUUCCACAGGAACGCAUAGUGGGAGGGUACGCGCCAGUUCCACAUUCCAUCAGGUACAUUGUGUCGAUCCAGACAACGAACCGCAAGCACUUCUGCGGGGGCUUCCUGAUUAACAGAUUCUGGGUAAUCACAGCAGCACACUGUAACAUUGGGGUAACCAGAAUGGUGAUAGUAGCAGGGGACUACUCUUUGGCCAUUUAUGAAGGUACGGAGCAAGAAGUCUACCCUCACUUUUUGGUGCCCCACCCUCACUACAACAGCACAUCAAACAGCAGUGACAUCAUGCUCAUUAAGCUGAGGGCACCCAUCUCCCUGAACAGCUACGUGUCCAUCGUCCUGCUGCCCAAGCAGGAUUCCUCCAUUGCAGAGGGCACAAUGUGUCGAGUGUCAGGAUGGGGAUACACCAGCCCCACCGGGGGCCAGAUUCCAGCCACCCUUCGGACUGUCACACUUCCUGUGGUCUCUACAGAAAAAUGUAACAGCACAGGAUCAUUUAAUGGCAGCAUCACAGACAAAAUGCUUUGUGCCGGCUACAACAUUGGUGGGAAGGAUGCCUGUCAGGGCGACUCAGGUGGCCCACUUGUCUGUAAUGGACGGGUCUAUGGAGUGGUGUCGUGGGGAAGAGGAUGUGCUGAUGCAGAAUUUCCUGGAGUCUACACCGCUGUGUCCAAGUUCCGCCGCUGGAUAGAUAACACCAUAUUUAGCUACUACAGCAGAUGUAAAAGUGAUUAGAUCUCAGCGUUAACUCAUUGGAGACAAAACUUCCUCAUUUCAAUGUUGCCUUCUUUGAUUUAACUUUACGCUCGUUAUAUCAGGUGCACAUUGGUGGAUAUGUUCAGAGAUGGUUCCAUAUUUUAAGGAUAUUGUCAUGUUUGCUCAGGCAGAGAGCUAGGUUUCUUAUUGACACCAAACAGCUACAACAUUAUGAACACUGCCAGGUGAGAUAAGUAAUCUUGUUAAUAAUGUUGGAACAAAAAAGUUGAGAUUCAUAUGUUAAGCUAUGUUGAAAUGUGUCAGCCUCCCAAAGCAAAAUAGAAAUUGACUCCAGGAAAACUUCUUAGGCUUACCAAAAAACAAUAGUUUAAGGAACCAAAAACCCCUAAAAUACUAAACCCGUCCUUUAAGUCCGUUCCCAGAAAAUACAAAGUGCCCAAACAACCAAAAAUUGACAGCCUUGAGUCUUCCUCUGCCUUACAACAACUGAAUACAAUUAUUAGAUAACUUCAAUCAAAGCAAUGUAUUUGUUGCAGAGACUGCACUGUCAAAGCUUGACUUGCACUUAUUCCUAGUUGACUGUCAUUACGUUUCCAAAGGGGUACUCAAAAUAUUCUUCACCACAAUUCUCCUUGUAGCAGUUUCAGUAGUUUCAACGCCAAGAUCAGAAAGUUUGAAUUUCAGCUCAUUCACUUGUUUUUCACCUUGUCAUUGCUUGACAUAAGCAUUUAUUUGAGAACCACUAAAGGUGGCCCAGACAAUCUCUAUACACCAGCAGUACAGUAGUACUAGUAUCACAGUAUUAGAACCAGGGCUUCAGAAAUUCAACCUCAAAAUCUGUAUAACGUAAAUAUAGUCUAAAGCUUUACUCAGCUAACAGGGGGAUGUUUGGGAGACUUUCAAGAGCAUUAACUUUAAUUUUCUUCUCCCAUUCAACAUUCAAGGAAUGUUCCUUAUUGCUUCAUAACAUAGAGUUAAACAACCUAUAACCCUAAGAGAAUGUUCCCUGAAAGCUUUCUGAAGGUUAUGAACUGUAUGACCUUAGAAGAACCCGUAGAGAGCUCUCUUUUUAGGUUCCUGAAAGGGCAUUGCUUUCUGGGUAGCCAGUAGUGUAAAAACUAAUAUCAACAGGCACACAAACCAAAAGUGUAAAUCUCAGAAGUUGCUGUCUUGUGCUGGCCUAGAGCUAAGCUAUCUAAAUAGAUCUAAAAAGAUAAAGAACAAGUAAUUUUCAAGUAAGUUUCCCUAAAUGUUGAGUCCAUUUCUUUGGGGUUGUAACCAGAUUAGAUUAAACAGCUUCAAAAACUAAACAUGUGAUGGAAGAUCUACCAAACAUCACCAGACAAUGUAGGACAUGCUAACCAUUAUUUCACAACAUCAAGUUAAAGGUGCCAUACUAUCAAUCAACAGCUUUCUUAUGUAGCCUGUUUAAAAGACGAAAGAUUACAGGUGUAUUUACAGGGUCAAAUAAAUGCAUUUAUAAAGACAAGAAUAAGAUCAGGGAUAUCCCUCUCUCUAAAGUUAGCACAUCCCAUAAUUCAUUAGCAUUAAGUCCUAUGAGUAAAAGAAGCAAUAUGUAUCUGAUUCAUAGCAUUCAGUAUAACAGUCAGUUGUUCUGAAUAACUUUGUGCAGGCCUAUUGGGUUUGUUACUGUUUUCUAACUCCGCUUCUAGGGGUGUGUAUUUUCCACAUUUUUUUUAUGUAUUCUAGGAAAAUGACCUCAAAUUGACCAAGUUCUGGAAAAGUUCAGUCUGUAUUAUGCUGUACUUCAAACAUGUUACAAAAAGAUGCAUGCAUUUUUCUUUAAGUUUGAAAAAUACUUAACACAACUACAUGUAGUUUAUGGUGUUUGUUUGCUUAUGUGCAUAGACAGUCAUGGUAAAAAGAAAAUGCAUCCUCAAAUGCUAGGGUUUUGAAUAUACUUGGUACAAAGAAAUCUGAGAAUUUGUUAUUGGUAGAGUAUUUCUUUGUAGUUACAACGCCUAUUGGCAAAACAUCUUAUACUAAUGGAAAGACUGUUUAUAUCCCCUCAAAUUGUGUCAAAUUUGUAAGGAAAAUGCAUUUGUGGGUUGAGCAGCACAGUUGAGUAAGUGGAUUCUGCCAGUUGAAAAACCUUCUCUGCCAAUGCCAAACAGCUUUUGGUACAGGCAUUGUGAUGAUGUGGGGCAUCAGUGUGAUCAAUGUCAAUGCUUGCCUGAGAGAGCUUCAAUUUUCAGAGACCAUGUCUGGAAUUUUGGAAAUUGAGAGGAUGGACUGCCCUGCUCGCUGUCCUGACCUCUACCCACAUUGUGGGAUUAGCUUGGGCCUGCUGUAUGUACCAGAAUGAACAACACAACCACAUUGGUUGACUUGUGACAAAUGUUUAUUUAGGAAGGCAAAUCCAUCCCACAGCAGUGUUUGACCAAGCUGGUGACCAGCAUGAGGAGGAGGUGCCAGACUGCUGUGGUUGUUUCUGAUUCUCCAACACAACACUCCUGAUGCCCUGUCUCUUAAAAAAAAUAUAUUAUUAAUUAACAUAAUUGUCCUGGUUCUUUCAGCUUCUAUCAUCCAAUCCAACAAACAACAAUUAACAACAGCCAUUAGCAGAAUAGGCUACUUCACAUUAGCACAGAGGAUCUGAUAAGUUUUUCAUUCUACAACUCUAGUAAUUAAUCUACAAAGACCCUUUGUUACAAAUUUAAAAGGAAAUGAACAGGCUUUUAUUGUCAUUUAUUGCCAAGAAGCAAAAAAAAAUCGACCAAACACAAAUGUUCUUACUUUUUGGAGUGUGCUUUUGGCUUAGUUGUUGUUAAAUAAAUAAUUACUCUGUUAGCCACAUGUGGUGUAUGUCUAUGUAUAAUUGAGGUUGGAAAUAAUCUUGGAGCUUGGUAAAGGUAUCAUAGGUUAAAACCCUCGAACUGACAAAGGGCUUAUUUUUCCUUUAGCCCUUACUAUGUGGUGAACAAACUAACUUUUUUUUUGAUAAGCCUGUAUUGUUACUUGCUGAUUUAUUUAUGGAGUAGCAGCUGGGAAUCCUAUCAAUAUAUAGAAGGCACCUCAAAGACUGAGAAGUCAGCAAAUUCAGGGAAUCUCAGUGAAAGAAAAUGCUGUCAUAUAUAGUAACAUAGCAAUAACUGUAUUGUUUUCUUGUUUUAUACACGCAAAUACAAUACUCAUUCUGCUUUACUCAUCCUAUUGUGUGACUUCCUAAUGUUCAUUUAAAAAGCUGAAUCAUGUAUUUCUUUGUUUGUCAUCAGUUUUUCUUUUUUGACCUUUAAGAAAAGAUUUCACGGGUUGUUUUAACGAAACAGACUCAGUCAUCACCAUUACUGAACAAUGUAAGUAUAUAAGGUUACCGCAUGAGGAAAAUUAAUAAGUAAUACGUUGAAUUUUUCAAAACGUCCAUGAAUCUGUUUGAUCUACAGUGAAACAUUUGUUGGCUUGUCCCUGAUUUUCCUUGAACUCUUGAUGAAUUGUCACAAAACUGGAACAGCAUCAUUAAAUAUGCAUGGCGCCAGUCGUCCCUCUGAGCAA